UUAAUUAAAGGAGUAUGGUCUAAUAAAGGAGUCUUAAUAACCACAUAUAAUGGUUUGCUCCAACAUAUCAAUAAUUUGUUAAAAAAUAAUUGGCACUAUGUUAUUUUAGACGAAGGACAUAAAAUUAGAAAUCCUGAUUCUAAAAUAACAGUAGCCGCAAAACAAUUAAAAUCUAGUCAUAGAAUUAUUAUAUCUGGUUCACCCAUUCAAAACCAUUUGAAGGAACUAUGGUCUCUGUUUGAUUUUAUUUUCCCUAGCAAACUAGGGACUUUACCUGCGUUUAUUAAAAGCUUUGCUGUACCAAUUACUCACGGAGGUUAUGCAAAUGCUACUGAACUACAAAUAACUACAGCUUAUAAAUGUGCUACAAUUCUUAAAGACACAAUAACUCCAUAUCUUUUAAGACGCAUGAAAGCCGAUAUUCAAUCACACAUAUCUUUACCAGAAAAAAAUGAGCAAGUACUGUUUUGUCGUUUGACUGAAGAACAGAAAACAAUGUACCGAGGAUAUCUUGAACAUUCAAAUAUAAUAUCAGAGAUAAUGAAUGGAAGUUGUAAAGUCUUUGUUGGUAUAUCUCGAUUAAGGACAAUCUGCAACCAUCCUGAUCUUUUCCAGACAAAUCUUGAAACUGGUGCUUUUGGCUAUUGGAAAAAAUCAGGUAAAAUGAUUGUAGUUGAAGCUCUAUUAAAAAUGUGGAAAAAACAAAGCCAUCGGGUACUGCUCUUUACUCAAAGUGUAAAAAUGCUUAACAUUUUUCAAAAAUUUAUUAUUGAAAAAAAUUACUCAUAUUUGAAACUAGAAGGUGCAACWUCCAUUGGUUCUCGUCAACCUAUAAUAAACAAAUUCAAUAAUGACCCAUCAAUAUUUAUUAUGAUUUUGACUACAAAAGUUGGAGGAUUAGGCAUUAACCUUAUUGGAGCUGACCGCGUGAUUAUAUUUGAUCCAGAUUGGAAUCCAGCCACAGAUUUACAAGCUAGAGAAAGAGCAUGGAGAAUUGGACAAACAAAUUCAGUAACUAUAUAUAGAUUACUUACUGCAGGAACUAUUGAAGAAAAGAUCUAUCAUCGUCAGAUUUUCAAACAGUUUUUAAGCAAUAAAGUUUUAGUGGAUCCUAAACAACGGCGUUUUUUCAAAUCAAAUUAUUUAUAUGAACUUUUCACUCUUCAAGAUGUAGACGAUAAUGGUAUGGUAGAAACAACAGAUUUAUUUGCCGGAACUGGCUCGGAAAUCAAUUUAAAAAAAAUGAUUUCAGCUCGGCAUGAAAGAAAGAAAUCUAAAAAAACAUCUUCAACCUGUUCAUUUUCGGAUGAUAAAAUUGAAGCUAUGAAACAAAAGGCUCGAGAACUUAGUAAAAUGAUUGGUAAAAGUUCAAAACCAGUUAUAAAUCAACAAAUAACAUCAYCAGAAAUGUGUACUAAUAAUGAACAGUGUACUGAAGCUGAUAUUAUUAACCCAUCUCAAAAUGAUACUCAAACCUUUAAAAAUAAUGAUAAACAUUUUACUUUAGCAAAUAAUGAGAGUUCAAAUAUUCCAUCUUGCAGCAAAAGUGCAAUAAAAAAUAUAUCAUUUGAAAUGAUUGAAGCACCAAACCCUUCCUCUAAAAGAACAAAAUGUAAAUAUUUAAAUUCCWAACACAAAAAAUCUAAAAUACCACAUUUAGUAAAAUGUGAUGUUUACCAAGAAGAAUAUGUUGACGAUCUCACAUCCAAAAAACAAGAUGAUUACGUUCUUGAAAAGUUAUUCAACAAAUCAGGUGUGAAAGCAGUGAUGAGACAUGAUAAAAUUAUGGAAUCAUCAAAAUCUGAUUAUGUUAUAAUUGAAAAUGAAGCUCAAAAAUUAGCUAAAAAGGCAAUCGAAGAUCUAGAAGCAUCCCGUGCUCAGUGCUGGGAGUCAGGAUCUGGUAGAUUAAACUGGACUGGUAAUCAAGGAACAGUUAGACCUAAGUUAUUUAACAAUAUGGAAACUAAUAAAGAAUCAAGUAGUCCAUCAAUACUUUCUUUAAUGAAAAAGCGUAAUGGAUUUGUGGAGGCCACUCAACGUGAAAUGCAGAUGUUAAACAGUAUUAGAGAAUAUUUGUUAGAGAACAAUCAAAGUGUAAAAACUGAUCAAAUAGUAGACCAAUUUAGGAAUAAAUACUCACCUGAAGAUACCCCACUCUUUAAGUCAUUGUUAAGUGAAGUUUGCACAUUCAGCCGGUGCGUUGAUAAAACUGGUAUAUGGACUUUGAAACCAAAAUAUUGUUAAACCAUUUAAAUUAAGUACAAAUUAUAUUUGUUUUACAAUUCAAGUAUACCUACAAAAAUUAUUUUUAACUGUUCUUUAUAUAUUUAUUUCAAUUACCUCUUAUGCCUUCAAAAUUUGUUCUUGGAUAAUUAUUUUA